CCAAGGAACAACUGGAAGCGGUCCAUGCUGCAGGAGUUGCAAAGAGUGGGCUACUUUUGAGAGAGAGCCAGAGCCAGAGCCCUAUGCUUCCCCGAGGAUGAUAAAGGAUAAUGGUGAUUACAGACAACUCCCAAUCACCCAAACAGACAUCAGUUAAAUUGCUAUUGUUAACAAAAAUUAUUGGUAUUGAAAUAGCGUGUUGAAUCCCGUGUACUGAUUAGAGUAUUCUAUUUAUAACAAUUUGUCGUUUAUUGUAGGUGCGAACUUUGACAAACAGAACAACCAAGCUCAUGGAGGACGCGGGAGAGGAGCAUCAUGGGAACAGCAAAAAGGUCGAGGGCCGUCGUCACGGGGAAGAGGAGAACCUUCAGAUAGAAACCAAGAACAACGUCCAGGAAGGCCUUGUCCAAUGAAUGCUGAUUCCCAUUCACCACCACAGGACAAAACACAGCCCCCUCCUGUUCGUAGAUUUUUUCCUGCAAAAUGUGUCCUAGACCUGAAAACGUUAAAAGAGAUGAAUCCUCGUGAUGUAGUCUGCAGGUUAAAUGAAAGUAUGGCUCGCUUUAAGUUCUUUCUACGAUCACCGCAGGAGGAGCAUAACAGCGAUGAGUUCAUCUUCGACCUCACGUGUACACUAGCAAUUGCCUGUAGAGCACCACCGGACAAGAACACAAACGAGAUUCUAGCCGCGCUCAAAGGCUCGGAAUUCUUGACCUCAAAGAUUCCUCGUCUGCUUGAUCAUCUGCAAGUGUCAACGGUGUUGAAUGAACAAGAAUCCCAGAGAAAACUCAUUCAAAGCUUGAUCAAAGUGUUCACGAGGUAUUUGAGACACUUGCCCAGUUCAUAUGCCGACCUGCCUUACACUCAGUUGAAACAAGCCUUGCACCAGUCAAGCAUUCAUGAAAAGGAUCAUUUACAGAAAGAGUUAGAGGCUUUUAAACAAACCAGAGAUGAUCUCAUUAUAGCGGAAAGGCAGAAGCAUGGAAAACGUUACGCCAACAAAGCAGGGCAAAAACCGCCAAACGAUUUCAGAGACAUACCAAUUUGUCCCACAAACAAAGAAAUCGCAUCUCAUGAACGGCCCUUCCUACGUAAGAACAUUUUAAAGGGAAGAUAUGAAGAUGCCGAGCACUACCUUGAUGUACAGUUUCGGUUGCUUAGAGAGGAUUUUCUUGAGCCACUCAGGGAAGGCAUCCACGAAAUUGUCCAAAAUGUACCAAGAAAACAGCGCAAUCAGUUAAUGAAACAGUACCAAGGAGCACGUAUUGUCGACAAACAAUUCACGCCGUUCGGAAUCAUUUAUCAAGUACAAUUUGAUGUUUCCAGGUUCGAUACCAAAAGAUGGGCAAAUUCCAAACGACUUCUGUUUGGUUCAUUCCUUUGUCUUUCAAACAACAACUUUGAGACAAUGCUUUUUGCAACAGUUUCCAAACGAGAUCCAGAGGAACUGGCAAAAGGUAGAAUUGAAAUUCGAUUCAUCGAGGACCAAGAUGUGUUUGGGGUGGAAAACCGUACAUGUGAGUAUCAAAUGGUUGAGUCGCCUGCCUACUAUGAAGCCUAUCGUCAUGUUCUCAAAGGCCUGAAGGAAUCGGAUGAAACCACCAUGCCAUUCAAGAAAUAUCUGGUUGAAUGUAGUGAAGAUGUCGAUCCACCCGAGUAUCUGAGGCGCGAGGAUUCUGAAGAACCAGUUUGCUAUGAUCUUAGGUUGGCAUUGGAUGUUCCAGAUGAAACGAACGCAAGUAGGGUACCAGUCCUGCAGCUCGGAGCCUGGCCCUCUGUUGAGAUCCUUCCACUUAACAGCUCCCAGUUUGAAGCGUUAAAAACAGCAGUUACAACUGAGUUUUCGGUCAUUCAGGGACCCCCAGGAACGGGGAAGACGUAUGUUGGAGCCAAAAUCGUUCGAUGCUUACUAGAGAAUCGAGCAGCCUGGGACCCUGAUAAAGUCUCGCCAAUGCUUAUGGUCUGUUACACAAACCACGCCCUUGAUCAGUUCUUAGAAAAAGUAUUAGAAUUUCUUCCCAAAGAGCAGAUCAUACGUGUUGGAGGAAGAUGCAGAAGUCCACAACUAGAAAAGUGUAAUCUGAAAUUAUUUACUGACGAGCACAGGAUGCAUGAAAGACGAAGAGAAAUCAGAGAUAUGAUACGAAGCAAAGUCUGGAAAAUGAGAGACUGGAAGAAAUUACUUUCGAAAGCAGACAAAGAGCUUUUGGAAUUCGACGAUUUGGAAAAUCUACUGGAUUCUGAACAUGCAGAGCAGCUCUACAGUGCCAUAUUUCCUCCUAACGCAGAAAACGAGUGUCGAACGCCAGACAACGCUUUCAAACUCUGGCUUUGUGGCAACAAGCAAAUGGACUCCUUCAACCGACCCACGGUAGAACAAACAGAGGAGCAGGGGAGGACAAGGCAAGGUGGAUCUGUCCUUCUAGACAAUGAUGUAGGUGAAGACGAUAAAAUAUUCUAUGACGCUACUCUGCUAGCAGCACCACGUGACAACGAUGAAGGCAAAGGCAGCAAUCCACCAGCACCUACAUCUCAGGUAGAUCUCAAAGAAAACUCUCUUUACUACAACGGACCAAAUGGCUUCCUAGCUCAACAAAGCAGCAAGCUGGCAGCAUCAGUUGGGUCUCAAGCCAGUUCUCUCGUAGAACAUGCCCACGUUUCUCAAACGUUAAAGGAUGUAGAAGAAAUCCAAGACAGCAAAUGGAUUAAAGAUCCUCCAGGCUGGACAAACAACUGCGAUGGAGGUGUUAAUAAGAUAACAGACGCUUUCGAGGAGACCAUCGAAGUAGAAAAGGAAGCUGAUUUGAUACAGGAUCAAAGAUUCAUACAUGGAGAUGAAGAUUUCCUGUCAUUUAUGUCGAGACAAUCAGAUGACUUGGGUUGUCAGAAACAAGACCAAGAAGACAAGGAAGACCAAGAAGAGGGAUGGGAAACUGUAUCCUACAGGAAGAAGGGAAAAAAAUUUGCAUGGCAGCAAACAACAGAUAAGAAUUCCAAAGACGGAAUGGGAAGCGCUCACGUUCCAAGAGAGAAAAGUACAGCCCAAAAAGAAUCCUCAAAGGGAAACAAAAACAAGAAAAUAAAAAUAACAGCAGAUAUCAAAUCAUUAAAGCGAGAUCUGGAAAAAAAAGUUGCGAUGCCUACCGAUGAAGCGAUGAGGGUUGACAACAUUUGGCUUUUAUCCUCCUCGGAUCGACGUCGGUUGUAUCUUUUUUGGAUAGAGAGCUAUCGUGAACGCUACAGGGCAGAGAUUCAAAGAGGUGAACAGGAAUAUGACCAACUUUGUCAAGAACAAGAGGCAGUUAGAUUUGAAGAAGAAGAAGAGGUUAUACGUCGCGCAACUGUUGUUGGCAUGACGACCAACGGUGCAGCACGAUAUCACUCAACCCUUCAGAGUGUAGCUCCCAGAGUUGUUGUAAUCGAAGAAGCAGCUGAGGUAAUGGAAGCUCAUAUCAUCACUUCUCUUUCACACGACACAAAGCAUACCAUUCUUAUCGGGGACCACAAGCAACUUCGCCCAAAGGCAACAGCAUAUGAGUUAGCCCAAAAAUACAACCUGUCGAUUUCGCUGUUCGAAAGAAUGGUGAUGAACAGUAUGGAUUGCAAACGUCUGUCUAUACAGCACCGUAUGCGUCCUGAAAUUGCUGCACUUACUAAACGAAUCUACGAUCACGAAAUUGUUGACCACGAAACGGUGUGCAAAUUCAAGGACAUAUCUGGCCUAAACCUCAAUCUGUUCUUCAUAGAUCAUUGUGAGCCCGAGGUCCACAUAGACGGGAUGCAAAGUUACUCUAACCCUCACGAAGCCGACUUCUUAGUGGCCCUUUGCAAAUACCUUUUACUUCAAGGAUACAAAAGAAGCCAAAUUACAGUUCUCACCAUGUAUACCGGUCAGUUGUUACUUCUUCAAGAGAAGAUGCCAAGGAAAACCUUCUGGGGAGUCAGAGUCUGUGCAGUAGACAACUUUCAAGGUGAAGAAAAUGACAUCAUUCUUCUGUCAUUGGUCAGAAGCAAUUCUUACCAGCGAAUUGGUUUCUUAAACGAGUCAAACAGAAUCUGUGUUGCAUUGUCCCGAGCUCGCCAAGGAUUUUACUGCAUUGGAAACUUCAAGCUACUGAAAAGCCAGAGCAAACUGUGGCAGGAGAUAUGUAACGAUUUAGAAACAAAGAACGCCAUCGGAGAGACUCUACAGCUAGUAUGCAAAAGACACAACAAAGUCACCAGUGUGGGAACGUCACGUGAGUUUGAUAUCACAUUUGGAGGAUGCAAGAUGCCCUGUGGAGAACGUCUUGUUUGUGGCCAUGCGUGUGAGAAACCAUGCCACGCUUCAGCCCACUUCCAAGACCCCUGCUCUAAAUUGUGCCUGAUGAAAUGCUGCUCCAACGACCACCAAUGCCAACAUAGGUGCCAUUAUCCAACCAACUGUCCUGAGUGUCGUCAAGAUAUGUUAAAGACGGUCCCUCAGUGCGGCCACGAACAACCCGUCCCGUGCAGUGUUGACCCAGAAAUGUUCCCCUGUACACUCAAAUGCGAAAAACUCCUCAAAUGUGGACACAACUGCCAGGAAGCAUGUGGGGAAUCGUGUACGAAAAAAUGUAACGUUCCCUGUAGGAAAACUCUCCCGUGUGGACAUGAAAAAACCAUGCCUUGUUUUAAUGAUCCCGUGGAUUAUAAAGGGUGUAACAGCAAGUGUACCAAACUUCUCGAGUGUGGCCAUCCCUGUUCAAGAACAUGCAAACAACGUUGUGAAUGCAACACAAAAGUUGAAGUUGAACUACCGUGUGGUCAUCGAAAACAAGUUUUAUGUCGAAAGAAAGACACGCCACCACCGUGCGCGGAGAGAUGCAGGAGAACACUGAACUGUGGACACGAUUGUCCGGGCUUGUGUCAUGAAGAAUGUGCGGCGAAAAAAUGCAAAAGCAUUGUCUUUAAAUUUCUUCCAUGUGGCCAUCAGCAAAGUGUUACUUGCCACCUUGACCCCAACAAGGCUUUUUGUUACGCUCCAUGCCAACGACAGCUGGAUUGCGGACACAGAUGCACAUCUGUGUGUGGCCGUGUGUGCGACGAGGUUCGAUGUGAAGAAGUAUGUCUAAAGAAGUGUGAGCGAGGUCAUGCCUGUCAACGACGGUGCCAUUUUGGUGCGUCAUGUAAUGAUUGCAUGAUUGUGGUUAAUAUGACAAUUCCCACAUGCGGACACAGCAUUGAGAUGCCCUGUUACGUUGAUCCAUCUUCAUUGAGGUGUAAAAAGCCAUGUGAAAGAGUAAGGAUCUGUGGACAUCAUUGUCAAAACAUUUGCAGUACGAAAUGUGAAGCUCAAGAGUGCAAGGCGCCCGUAAAAACAACGUUACAAUGUGGUCACGAGGCGACUAUACCCUGUCAUAAGGAUCCCGAAAAAUAUAAAUGUGAAGAAAUAGUAGAGGUCUGUCUACCAUGUGGACACAAGACGUCCUUGGCCUGCCAUGUUGUAAAAGCGAAUCAACAAAAAGUAUUAUGCAACGUGAAAGUUGAGAAAGAACUGCCUUGCAAGCACAAACUCACUCUUCCCUGUCACAAAAAUCCCAAAGAAUGCAAAUGUAAGAAGAAAGUCGAUGUCCCCUUGUCGUGUGGUCAUACGACGGCUCUUAUUUGCUGUAAUAAGAUGGCAGACUUAAAAAAUGUUUCUUGUAAGGUUAAGGUGAAAAGAAGACUACCAUGUGACCACGAGAUAACUAUUCCAUGCUACAAAAAUCAGAUGGAGCACGUUUGUGAAGAGGAGGCUGAAAUCACCCUUUCCUGUGGACACACGAAGCUCACAACAUGCUCGAAAGCGAGACAUGGGCAGCAUGGUGAAAUCUGUAACAUAAAGGUAAUGAGAAGAUUACAGUGUGGACACGAAAGGGAGAUGUUGUGUUCAGACAAACCCAUGGAGCACGUUUGUGAAGAGGAGGCUGAAAUCACCCUUUCCUGUGGGCACAAGAAGCUCACAACAUGCUUUAAGGCGAUACAUGAGCCGCAUGGUGAAAUCUGUGAUACAAAGGUGACGAGAAGAUUGAAUUGUGGGCACGAAAGGGAAAUGUUGUGUUCAGACAAACCAGGUGAAGUGUUUUGUGAUGCUCCUUGCGAACAACGUCUUCCAUGUGAACAUCUUUGCACUAAAAAAUGUGGCGACGACUGCGCUAGCUUCAAAUGUGCCGUCAGAGUCCAGAAGCUCUUGGCAUGUGGCUCACAUGAAAUCAAUUGUCGUUGCUCUGAUGAUGUGUCCCAGAUGAUCUGUCCAAAUGGUUGCAAGCGAACAUUGUCUUGCGGGCAUAAAUGCCCUGGUAAAUGCUCUGAGGAUUGUAGUCAGUUCCAAUGCCAGAAGAUUGUCGUCAAACAUCUCAAUUGUGCAGGAGGGCAUUCUCUAAGAAUGCCUUGUAGUGAUGAUCCCAACACUGUAAUAUGCCAGGAACACUGCAACAAUAAGCUAGAUUGUGGUCAUCCCUGUCCCGGCUCUUGCAGCCAGCCUUGCAGAAGUCUGAAGUGCAUGCGAAGAGUAGAGAAAACAUUUCCUUGCGGUCACAUUGCGCCACUAAAGUGUUUCCAAAGCAAAACAGCGACCUGCAGGGAACGUUGUCGCCGUCAUAAGAGCUCAUGCAAACAUAUUUGUAAAGGGGUCUGUGGUGAAGAUUGCUCUAAAUACCCCUGUGAUGUAGAGGUGACAAAAACCCUCUCGUGUGGGCAUAAGAUUAAAAUGCGUUGUAGUCGCCCUGUGGAAGACGUACAAUGUCCUGCUGUAUGUGGAAAAGACUUGCCAUGUGGUCAUCAGUGUUCUGGGGCAUGUGAUGAUUGCCAACAAAGCGGUUCACAUGAAUUGUGCGAACAUCCAUGUGGUCGAUUGCUUGUUUGUUCGCACCGCUGUAGAGGAAGAUGUAGUGAGCCUUGCCCUCCUUGUGACAAAAAAUGCGACCGACGUUGCCCUCAUGGGCAAUGUAACAAACGCUGUGCCCAGCUGUGUGAACCAUGCAGAAGACCGUGCACCUGGAAUUGUCCUCACUACCAGUGCAAAAAUCUCUGUGGAGAGGAAUGCGAUCGCCCUCGCUGUGAUGCUCCCUGUCCUAAAAAACUGCCUUGUCGCCACCCCUGUAUUGGCUUGUGUGGAGAAAACUGCCCCACUGUGUGUGCUAUUUGUCAUCGAGAGAAGCUUUCUUCCAUGUUAUCUGAUGGACGUGGAAACAAGACGGAACCCAAACGAUGUCUGCAACUUUUCGACUGUGGUCACAUCAUUAAAGUUGAAGAGAUGGAUGGGUGGAUGUUCCGAGAACUGGCUAGCGAUGAUCAGCUAAGGAGAUGCCCAAAGUGUUCUACAUCAAUUACGUUUAGCUAUCGGUACGGAAAUAUCAUCAAAAGGUCUGUUAAAAGCCUUGAAAAGGUAAAGAAGAGAGUGCAAGAGAUAAUAUACGAAGAAACCACUUCUGCCAGGGAUCUCCUGUCAAUACGGGAAUUGCACAAUGAUGUAACCAAGCUUAAGUUUCCGCCAAUGGUUCUACGUGUUGUACAGUCGUAUUUCAACAAAGCGAACUGGCUCGAUUGGCCACGUGUUCGUGGGCGCUUUGCUCUUUUCAUAUUCACACUAAGAAAUCACCUCUUGAUUCUACAGCUAGCGCAAAGAACACAUGAAGUGCUAAAAAAGGCGUUAGUUGGUCUUCAAGCAAGUUCAAAACAGCAGGUAGAGCUGAAAGAACUAUGGAACGACACCAGAGAUGCAAUCGAAAAGAUCAAAGUGUACCUGGAGGAACCUCAACUUGAUUUGAAAACUCUUAGUCAAGUGUACGAACAGACAAGAAAGAUCUUUCUUUUCUCCCAAGUUUUAGAGGCCCAAAGCAAGGCUACGAUGCGUCAAAUUCCUUUGUCAAGCAAUGGUACAGCUGAACUGAGUCUGGCAUGUAAUCGCUUUAGAGUCUUUUUCAAGGGUAACGACGAGGUUCUAGAUCUCGAAUGGCUCAGAGAAACGGUCAACUUGUUGAGAACAGAGAUGAGACUCCCACUCCGACCGCUUGAGGAAGCAAAAGACUUCGCAAAUUUCCCAGGGUACCAAAAAGACGUCUGGAAAUCGUGCGACCAAGGCCACGUUUAUUUCACGGGAUGGAUAGUGCGAGGUGGCGAAGACAUUCCGUUGGGAAGCGAAGGAUGCAGCAGGUGUACGGCAGAGCAAUGAAAAUGGAAGAAGGACAGUUAACUGAAAGAAAAAAUGUCAUUACUUGUCAUAGAAACUAAUUUGCAGUGCUUCUUAUAAAGAGGAAAGGCGCAAAUUUCGAAAAGAAUGGCAAUUCAUCACGUGGUAGUGGGUAAUGAAUCAAAUUCGUGAUUGAGCAUGAAGUUGAAAGAAUAUGACGAAUCCACGGAAAGCUUUUGAAAAAGGCUGAAUACUACAGACUAGAAGCACCGGAGCGACAGUUCAUCUGGGGUUGAGUUUUGAGAGGCAUUAUAGGACGUCACAGAUUUGAUGUAGUGUUAGAAGCAACUAAUUUCCAGACGAAGAAACGGAAAGACCGUCAGAGAAAGCAGGUUGGUCGGUAAAGAUUUGAAGGUGAAAUGGAAACGUCAACUAAAUCUGAGUGCGUUGGAGUGUCUUGCAGCAGGCCGUAGAUGUAUCUGUGCAUCGGCUUAACAGCAUGCCUUGCAAUGGGGAUGUUAAAAUCUCACUUAAUAGAUGAAUAACUCAUAGCCAUGGUGAAGAACAGACAAACAAUAAACGGUGAAGUAAGUGAACCUGAUUGAAAAUAAGACACAACCGCGAAAGAAGAGAGUCGAAGAAUUGACUCCUGAUUCAGUACUUCACAUUUGACUGAUAAGAGAUCAAGAAAAUGAAUUAUAACUACAUUAAGCAUAGACAUUUCAAGGAACAUUUACCUUGAGUGAAAUUUAAGUCUAAAACAAACGUAGGCUAGACAGCAAGUAGUUAAUUUUUAAGCCCGUAGUCGCAUUAUGUGUAACGCUCGUUUUAUAUUCAUCCUAAAAAUGGCGCAAAAUAUACUACAAAAAGAUAAAUGCGUUAGCAAAUGACUCGGCACCAAGCUUUAAGUUGGUUUACUUAGAGCUCACGUUCUUGUAAAAUCACUGUUAUUUUCAGUGUGUCAAUUCAAAAGAUCUAUAAACCAAACAGUCCGAUAUGCUUGAAUGCGGGCGAGUUUUUGUAAAAGUCCAACCGACUUUUAAGAAUUUGCUGGUAGUUGUAAUGCAAAGUUUUAUAAAGGAUUUAAUUUACAAUACUAACAUUAUAUACAAUACUAACAUUUUUACAGCAAGUGGGCCCAAGUAGAUUAGAAAAUGUUGAAAGUUUUCUUUUCAAGAAAGACUUCUUUGAAAAUAUUAAGUUUUGUUCUAAGACGUAAAAGAAAGCUGUCAAAAUCCAACUUGUUAUUUCGUACGCUGGUGCUAGAAAAACGAUAUUUUGCAAGAAGGAGAGCGUAGUUGAGUACUUGCUCAUUACGUGAUUUUUCGUACCAGCCGUACAAAAUUAUGCAUUCAUUGAGAAUUAAGUUUUGUUUAAAUUUUUGAUACUACCAAUCGGUGAACCGACCCCAGAGCAUGGCAGGGGGCAGCUGUAAAGCAUGUAAAUUUUGGUUAGCUUUUCAGUGUUACACAGAGGACAAGUUUCAUCAUUAGCUUUACCUGCACGGGUCAGGCUGAGUUGAUUAGGAAGGAUAUGAAUUACUUUGUAUUGAAACGUGACUAUCUUUGUAUCCCUAGUUGUUGUAAAAGG